GGGGGAGGAGUCUUUUUUAUUAUUAUUGCGAGCUUUGUGCUGGAUUCUUGUCAGCUGCCAACCCAUCCAUUCCUCUUUCAUUGUCUGCCAUUCUAUGAAUGCAUUGCUGUCAGUACUGCAUUUCUGCGAGGUCCAUGGUCCAAGCGUCUUGUUCUGCACUCAAACCAUUCACCGGUCCAAGGCGGCUGUGCUGGAUUUAGAGGCUCUGUCAUUGAAUCCCCAACUUUCAUCAUCGCCCGUGUCAACUCCCUCUGUUCCUGUUGAAAAAAUCGCCACGUCAAGAACCAAUUCACAGCAAUCGCCUACUUUUUCCUCCUUGUCUUCGUCGGCUUCCAACUGUUCACAAUCAUCCUGCCCGGCUUGCACGGCCCAAAUGCCUUUGAUCAAUAUCAAUGAUGUCGAUGUUCCUUACAAGUUGGAGGCAAGUGGUAUGAUUACAAAAGAUGAUGAGGAUGAUACCGUCUUCUAUUUGGGCUGCCGUGCCCCUCAACAACAACAUCUCUAUGCCGCCGUCCGAAAUGCUUGUGUGAGGAGUUUGACUGUAGAAUUUUGUCCAGGGCGAGAAGGACCCAUCCUAUUUGGCGAUGACGAGAACGGUUAUGUGAUGAGUUACAUUUUCAAAUUGCGGGACUCACAGGCUCGUGGAAAAACUCGUCACUACGCCUUUGCUAUGCUCAUGACCGAUCGAGUGUUUCUAGUCUCAUGUUGGCCGUUCCUCGUAAAGUACGGAUGUUUAUUUAUUUAUUCUUAUCUCCAUCUCUCCCAUUCUACAUGCUGUGAUACUGAUGUCAAAAUAUGCAAUAGGGUGUUUCGUUCUACCGCUCUGAAUCUUCAAGAAAAAGCUGAGGCUGUAUACCAAAGAGAACGGGAGUUUCGCGAAAGACAUCCACCUUCCUUAAGUGCUGGAAGCAAUCGCAGAUCCUCCUUUGCUCCCACUUCACCUGGUGAGAACUUUGGCAUGUUCUUGUUUUGUGCGUGAUAUUGUUGCUAAUUUCCCUUUAGAGCAAUUCCUCAGGCGUCGUGCUCAUACCCCCAUGAGAUCGCUGGCUGAUCUCUUAGGCAUAGACGAUAUCUAUGCGCAAAUACAUCGCCAAUUUAGUUACAUUCUCAAGUCUUCGGCCCGAAGACGACUUGAAAAAGUUACAAAAGGGCGAAGAGCUGGUCCUCUUUAUAUCCAAAUGUUGAAGGAUCGUGAGAAGCAAACGAGUAAACAGUCGCAA